GAUCGAAGCAUUUUCCACUUCCGCUCCUCCUAUGUGGCCCUGGGAUGAGAUUACAGGAGAGAUGUAAUGGAAGGCAAUGCUGGAGGAAGGUCAUCAUCGCACUGGCAUGUCUGUUAUAAGGAAGCUGUAUGAUCGUGUGAUCAGGACAUUGAUGGUGUCUAAUAUCAUGCAAACAUGGAAAGUACUUCCAGAACGUAUCAAACAAGACAGAAAAGAAAGUCAAAUGAGCCCAUUCCAAAGUCCAGGGUGGACUGGAAACGUACAAAAAUAGACGCUAUAUCGCGCAUUGUUGACUCUGAUGAGUCGAAUUCCACAUCCGAAGAAGAGGAGGAGCGAGAUGAUAGCAGCAGCCUAUCCAGUGUAGAGAAUGAAGAACAGCUUGAAGUAUCUAAAUGUACUACAGAUGAUGGGGAAGACACCAUCAAGAAACCCAGACACAAGAACAGAUCUAUGACAAUAGAAAGCGGCGACAGUAGCUCCGACAGCGAUGGGCCAGGUUUGAGAGUCCUUGUCAGACGCCGUCGUACUAUAGAUGAAGAUGAUGACUCUUUGAAUAUACCCAAUGAUGGGAGAGUUUCGGAGGAAGCCAAGGCGCAAAUCAAGAAACAAAAGAGGAAAGAUAGUCUGAAUCAGCUUGUUGAGAAAAGACGAUCCCGAAACCCAAGAGCCAGCUGGGAAUCCGAUGAGGCAAGUUCCAGCAGUGAGUACAUUCCCCUGACUCCAGAAACGAUGGGUGAAGAUGAGGACAGUCAGGAGAUGGACGACUUUAUAGAACAGGACGAGGAAGAUGAAGUUGAUGAAGAUGGAAACCGAUCAAUGAGAUAUCAGGAGUUGUUCUUGAGGCACAAACUUCCUCAGUUUGCUUGUAAUGACCUUCAUACACAUCUCGAGAAGGUGAUCAGGGCUUUCCUAAUUAAUAUUGUUGACGACAAAUUUCUAGUAACUUUGUACGGAGGAAAAAGAAAGAAGAGGUAUGCAAAAGAGAUGCUGAAGUCUCUGAAUCAUUUGGAUGAACGUGUCCUAUCUCCUCGUCUUGAAAAACUCAUCACAAGCUGUCGAUGGAAACCCCGGUACAAGGAGAGGGUAAAUUCUUACCCAAAACUUCACCUAAGGGUGAUAAAGGCUGAAAAGCAAUCGUGCGGUGCCUGUGAAUUGUUCCGGUACUGCAAAUAUGUGGUGACCCUCUCCGGACAAGCCUACGACAAUGAAACAUUAGAAAAUGAUAACUUUCUUCCUGAAGAUAAACAGUAUUUGGAGGUUGGCAGUACAUGUGGCCAUCGUACCGAAGUGUAUCACCGAGUCAAGCAUUAUAAAUUCCACCUGUACAAACGUUGCAUUCCAUUUGUACAGACCUCUGAGGAACAAUCUGUUAAAGAAACAGUGGACAUGGCUCUAUCGAAAAUGGAAGAGCAACAAUUCAUUCAGGAGGAAAUUGAUCGUCUUCAAAUGUAUGUGGAUGCAGCAGAAACGUUUCAGGAUGAAACAGAGGAGUCAUUAAUUUCUUAAAUUGAAGAGUUUAGCUCCUCCUUUUUUGUAAAUACUUUUGAUGAAUUUAAUUUGACUGUGUUUGACUGAACACAUUAAAAUCGGUCUCUCUAAAAUGGAA